GUUAUCAACGCUGCAGAGAGGAAACGUCUAGCCCACAUCUGUAGUUUUUUGGGCUUUGUUUAGAGAGGAAGGAGCACUAGCUCUACAAGAAAUGGAUUGUGAAAUCUGCUGGCUGGUCUGAAAUAAUUCAGCAUUAUCCUAUCUGUUCAACUGGCCUGUACAGUGUUGUGGACGAACGUGUGUGUUCUCUGAGUCGGAGAUGAAUAUUGUUUGAACUUGUCUUGGCCGCUCAUAUUAAUCCUCAAGCCAAGGACUGGACUUCUCUCUGAGUCUCCUUUAGCCAUCAGCACUCAUGUACAGCAGUGGCUACUCCCAGGUCUCUAAGUACAGCUCAGGGGCCCAAAAGAAGAUGCAGUACCGCUCAAAGGGCAAGAGCUGCGGCUACUACAUGCGCAUUGUCUUCUUCUUCUCUUCGCUCAUUCAGUCUCUCAUCAUAGUCAGCCUUGUGCUCUUUCUGGUCUACGGUAAGAAGCAGGACUCAGCAUCCUCAUCGCGUAUACAGGACCUGGAGGAGAGCUUCAGCCGGCUGUCCAUAGAGAAUGUUGCCCUCAGACAGCAGAGGAAGAACCUGACUAACUUACUCAAUGCCACUACGACUGCGAAGACCCGUGUCGACUGGGACCUGAAAAGGAUGAAAGAAAUUGCCAACAUGUCAUAUAUCUUCAUGACAGAUCUCAGCAAUAAGCAUACACAUUGCGAGACCAGUUUGAAUAUGUGUAAGGCCACUGUAGGCUCAGGGGCAUGCACAAAUCUAAGAACAGUUCCACAUAACUGUAACUGCGGGCUGAUCCAAGAACGGAUGUCAGCCAGGAUUCUGCUUGUGGAGUCCAACUUCACACAAACAGUUGGGAGGAUGAGGCAGGAAAUGGAACAGAUCGCCAAAGACAGGGACACCCUUAACUUAGAGGUUAUCCUUCUGAGGAGGGACAAAUCUACACAUGAAAACGAGUUGCAGAUGUUCAAACAAAAAUGCAAAGGAGACUUUAUCAAGUCCUUGAAUGGUAUCCCCAAUGUCACCAGCGCUUUCCUAAAGAAGAUCGAAUCCCUCUUCCCUCUACACAUUGCCUUCCAGCUCACCUGCCAGCACCAGAGGGAACACCUGGAGCAGAUCCGCUCUAAUUGCACCAGUCUGUCCAGAGAUGUGUCAACCACGUUCCAGCGCUACCUGGACAGUCUGGGGACAGAGGUGACAGAUAUCCGGGCCAAUUGCAGCAGGUUUAUGGCAGAGAACGGCCGACUGUAUCAGGACUACCGCACGUGCAGCCUUAACCGCACAAGUCUGAUCAAGGAGCACAAACAGAAUCUUCAGAAGCUUCAGCUGGAAUAUGACAGUGAGAAAGAGAAACUCCUGCGUGACAAGAUGACGCUUAAUGGUGAAAUAGACGUCAUGAAACGCAGUAUCAUUUAUAAGACUACAGAGGUUGAACACCUUAAGGAGCAACUCAGGCAGCUCAACAUGUCCUGCAUGUCUAAGCAAGGCCAAACCAGUCAGUCAUGGAACAUGUUCAAUACUGGGGGAUCCAGCUCUUUGGGUCAGCCUAGUAGGACAGGGACAGGGAUAGGUUUGAGCUAUGGGUCCAUCGGGUCAGGACUAAAUAAGCCGGUAUCAACUGGGCUAGGCUCUUCAAGUUAUGGAUCAACUGGAUCAAAUCCGAGCCUCAGCUCAUAUGGGACAGGAUUCAAUAAACCAGCAUCGACUGGACUAGGCUCCUCAAGCUAUGGAUCAGCCGGGUCAAUUCCAAGCCUUAGUUCAGUUGGGUCAGGAGUCAAUAAACCAGCAUCGACUGGACUAGGCUCCUCAAGCUUUGGAUCAACCGGGUUAAAUCCUAUUUCUAGUUUAAAUAAGCCCGCAACGAGUGGCAGAAACACACCAACCUUUGGGUCCACCGGGUCAAGUCCAAACCUUAGCUCAGGUGGGUCAGGGUUAAAUAAACCAGCAUCAACUGGACUAGGCUCCUCAAGCUUUGGUUCAGUUGGGUCUAGUCCAAAUCUUAGCUCAGGUGGGAUAGGCUCAAAUAAGCCAACAUCAAAUGCAAAACCCUCAACAAGCUGGUUUGGGAAUGCUGGAUUAGGCAGCAGUAACACAGGACAAACUAAGCCAGGAAGUGGAACAGGGAGAGGAACAUCAGGUGGAACUGGAACUUCAUAUGGUGCUGGAAGGACGAGUGGAUUGGGAGGUGGCUCAGCCUUCACUCAGCAUCUUCAAGAUCUGCAACGCAUCAUCAACCCCCAAGGCCCACAGGAGAAACAGGGUCUUUCCAGAGUAAUGGGUUAGUCCACCUUCAUGAGGAAAACCAAAAACUACAAGAGAUUUGUGCUCAUAUUCAACUAUGACAUACAGCUAAAUACAAGCUCCUCAUAUUGAUUUCUGAUUUCAUAUAUUGUAUACAGUAUCAAUAAAUGUACGAUAUAAUAUACACAGUUUAUGAAUGUUUAUACUACAAUAUGCAUAUUUAAAAGGAAUUUGAAUAACUUUUGCACUUUUGAUUAUAAAAUGUGAACUUUGUGUGUUAAUCAUUUGUAUCUACACAGUAUGCAACUUAGCAUGAAUGAGCACAUGGUAUUUUUACACUGUGUACACAGAAAAAUAAAAGCUUUGUUGAAA